AGUCGAAUUCACUGCCUCGCUCGGGCAGCUUCCCCGACGCGCUCGAUCUCUCCCAUCCCUCUAAUAAUAAUAGUGCUGCAUGCGAUACUUCUAUAUCUCGAAACAUUUCUCCCUCUGUACGGCGGAGCUCUCCCCUCCGCGUGCCUUUUCCUUGUACUUUGUCCUUCCGCGGAUCUUGAAGGAUGCACCCCCCGGAUUUAUUCGUUGAACGGAGAUCGCUUCAACUUCCGCGAGAGAACUUUCGAUCUGACGCGGGAACGGCUUUCGGUACCAGAUUACUUGGAGAAUAAUUCACGGGAAGAUCAUGUGUGAACACACAAGCUUCACCGACUACCAACGCUCAACAAACAUCCGGUUCACUCCGCAAACAUGAAACUUCCGUGCGGUUCUAUCGAACCUGUUUGCCGCCGCUUUGAACUUGAGAUCCAUCCAGGAUCGGCUUGAUCUCGAGGACCCAGCAGCGCGCGACCCCUCGCGAUCAUCUCCCGCUUUGCGCCUGCACUCGGAUUAAGCCGCGCGCGCGAGUGCAAGUUUUUUCUGGCUUUGUUUUUGUUUUUUUUUUAUCUUUUGUUUUUCCUAUUUCGGGACUGCGCUAUUUCUCUCGCGGAGUUUCGGCUUUCUUGGAGCGGCAACUCGACGUGGGAAGACUCGACGGGAUGCUUCGGCGACACAGGGUGGGACCUUGCUCGUGAUGUCUUGCUACUACUGUUGUUGCUGUUGCUACGAGGACGAAGAGGAAAUCAGUGGAGCGAUCGGUAGAACAAGUUACGGGAGGCACGAGAGGAGUGGCUCAUAUGCAAUUGGUGAAGGUCAAAAGAGCGGAAACGGUCUUGGCAUAGCUUCCGGUAUAUCGGCAUUGCUGUCUCUCGUGAUAGUCUCAGUGGCAAUUUGCACGGGUCAGUGGCUACUCACCGAGGAGAAAUUGCCCAAAUCUUAUUCCGCAAACGCCUCCGCCGAGCCCGACAGUAAAGUGACGUAUAGCGGACUUUGGAGGGUGUGCGUUGCCACAAGCUCUCGCAUGCAGUACGAGUGUUCGAGCAUCGACUACUUUCCUAACGAGGAAUACAGUCCGGACCCAAGUGACUCUACUAUGGCGAUACCAUACGCCGUCACCAAGUCUGCAAUAUUUUUCUUCGUGGCGACGUUGCUCCUCGUAAUAGCCGAAGUUUGCUAUUUCACCGCUCACGUGACACGACCGCGCCACCAGCUCUUCAUAUUCGUAGCUGGUGUUGUUUUCACCGUAUGCGGUCUUCUCAUGCUCGUUGGGAUGGUCAUGUACAUAUCGGUGUUCAAAGCCGAAGUAGGAAGCAAAUUGAGACCCAGAUCAUCUUUUCAGGGCCCCCCCUUCACCUACAGAUACGGCUUUUCUUUUUUACUCUACGUUAGCGGUUUCAUCACUACCGAGGUUGCCGGAACUUCGGCCAUAUUUUUGUACAUAUCCUGGCACCAGAGGGACCACGAGAGAACGGAUCACAGACGCAAAAAUUGCGGGGACGUGUACCAUUUAACCAAUUACAUGCGUCGCCAUGCGAAUCUCCACGCGUCGAACACCGCUGGACAAUCAGGAAACUUCAUAUGCGAGAGACAUCAGAAGCGCUAUUUCUUCGGCAGAGACUCGAUCGACCACGUAGAUUUCGAUGAAUUCUUGCCGCCCCCGCCGAGCCUCGAUUAUCACGAUUAUCCGCGACAGUUUCCACGAGACCUGACUGCUCAAACGGUGAGCACCACCGCUGAUGUUCUUCAGGAUGAAUCCAGUCCCAGCAUUCAGCACGAAUUUGUCACCUUCGAUCUCGAGGCACCGUUCCCUUCGCCACCUGCCCCACCUCUCAGAAGUGCCGAUUGGCCUCACGAAGCGUUUCGACGAACCACCCCUGUCUGAUACAGCGUCAGGUACGCGAGGCUGGUGGAGUAUCACACGUGUGAAUCGAGCGAGGAUAAAACCGACAGCGAGGAUGAAAGUUCGACGAUAGGGAGAGAAGAGUCCACGAUUGACAACAACGCGUCGAGUUGCGUUACCGAGGCGAGCUGGUGCUGCGAGGAUGAAAAAACUCGUUUGAUGGACUCGCCGUUAUUUGACGACGAGCUUGUCGAGGAUACGGUGAAAAAAUUACUGCCAGAGACACAAUGACGAUCGAUUAGUCCCGUUGAACGCGUCCGUACGAACAAGGAGAAGAAUUUUUUUCUCUAUUUAACCACUGCCACAAGAGGCAACUCGUAGUACAGUUGUGAAGAGAGAAAGGAAAGAAAAUCAAAUAAAACGACCAAGAGUUUGUAAUUCACGCUGUAAGCGAGGAUGCCAAUUUUCCGUGUGCAUUUGUACACGAGUACGUUCACACACGUUACGUUGUUGGCGAACCGAUGUACGCGAAACUGUCAUUGAAAUGAGGGGUGAUAUAUAAUCGAUUGAGUGUAUGUUAUUAUUUGGAAAAAUACACAAGCCAAUUUUCCAUUUUGUAUAUCGAACGAUAUGAAUGAGAAUAUUUUUCUUCUUCUCCUUUCGAAUUCUUUUCGUAAUAGCUUCCACUAUCGAUAAAUCGAUGAGCGUUACGAGACUGCUACUCUUAAAAAUAACAUAUUGAAAAAGAUCUCGCUGUAUUCUUCUUGCGACGUACGAAAGCAAUCACACUAUUCCCAUAUCCCAAGCGCCGAAAUCUGAUGGAUUUCUUCGCUGAAAGUACUUUUUACCAACAGUGGAUCAAUAAUCGUGAGACGAUUAAACUCUCGCGUUUACUCUUUUUUCCCAACCGGUGUACCGUGUUAUAUACUUGUGUACAUGUGUAAGCCAUUGGGUCAACAUUUUUCACGCUUUUUUAAUACUUCAAUAUUUUGGAGGACGAAAGAAUUAUCAAUAAUAUAUACAACAUUUGAUAAAAACGAAUCAAACGCGUUGCCAUUUUCACAUAUGUACGAGAAUAAAUAUUAGCGCAGACAUGGACACUGUUCCGAGAGUAUCAAAUUUUUUGUGAAACGUGAUCGUCUCAAUUUUCAUAGAGAAAAAAUCCAAAAAAUUAAGCUUCUUGCAUAAUUUCGAUAAUUGUGAUUUUCUUCAAAAAAUCCAUAUUAAUUGUCAUCUCUCUUUUCAAAGUUGCAUCGUUCUCUAGACUUUCCAUUUUCGUGAUAAAUUUCGAACACGAUAAAUCCACGUUUUUCGAAAAAACAAUGGCUCAUCGUUGGCGUUGAAGAAUUGAAAAACAAUUGUCGUCAACGUAGGAGAGAAUUUUUCAAAAAAGCCUUUUCGAGAUUGACGACCAUUUGAAUGACGAGUGGCUGAGUCCUGCUUCAAAGUUGUAACAUCAAGUAUGAAAAUUCUUCGAUAACGAAAGCUGAGCGUGUCAGUAUAUUCUGCGAAAAAAAUACGUUUUAUGACGACGUACGUUGCUCACAACUCCGAUGCAAAAUGCUUCAAUUUUUUUCACAUUUUCGAUGCGUAUAGAACAUCCGUCGCUCACCAAUCAAACUUUUGUCCGCGCACGUUCCAAUUUAAACGUGCCCAAAACAAAAAGUUUACAUUUUUACUAUUUUUUCACCACUAACCCAUGCCUUUGAAAAUCCAUGAACAAGUGAACAGAAUUCCAAAAAACUCAAAUAGUUUUCAAUUCAUAUCUUUCAACAGAUCACAUCUGAUAGUAGAAACGCAGAUAACGAUAUACAGCUUGAUAUUUCGAAAGUGUCCACAUCUGUCUAAAAAAAAAAACAAACAAACAAACAAACAAAUACAUGAAGAUUUUUUCGCACUAUAAUUUGUCAUAUAAUAUAAAUAUGUGUAAAUAUAUAUAAACAAAAAAUGUAAGCUUCGCAAUACUUGGGGCGUUCCACGCCAGCACAAAAGUCCUUGAAUCUCGAAAUUUGGUGAUUUAUUCAGCAUUAUUUAUAGUCUAUUAUUUUUUGUAUAACGAAUAACGAAUAAAGAAUGAAAAUGACUAUAGUAUGAUUGUACGCGUUAUAAGAACCUGUUGAUAUUAUCCUGGAAUUCGCUUCGACAUAAAAAUAUAGCUUUAAUACACAAUUUAUGCAUAUAUGUUACUCCAUAACGUAUAUGUGAUGUAAAAUAAUGCUUGAAAAAUGGAAAAAUACGUUUUCAAGAUGUCAAGCACUUUUUGUUACGUUUUAUGAAUAUACGAUUCGCUGUUAACUCGUAAUUAUAACUUUGUACUUUGUAAGAAGAUGAAGCGUUUAGUCAAAAUACCCAAUAAUAAUAUUGAGUGUAUCACAA